AUAUUAUCACACAUUGUGUAAAACGUUCCAGAUAUAUAGGCCUGAAAUACAUUGUAUACAGGACUAUACAUUCCAUUUAAGAAGCUCUUCAGAAAAGAUCAAUUAGCUACUGAAUUGUUGCGUAAUGCCGGCGAUAUGGGACAACAAAUUCGAAACUAUAAUAUGCCUAUAGCUAUGUUUAAUCAAAACAAUUCACUUCUUAGGCCUAUGUGAACAUCACUUUCGAUCAAAAGCGCGAGCUGUUAUCAAAAAACCUUGAGAAUAGCCUAAAUGAAAGAAUAGGCCAACGUCAACCACACUCGUGAGUUGAUAACAAAACAGUGAUAAAGGUGUUUCUGGGUCAUUAAACCUGUGUGGACCAGGAUUCUACAUGUUCAGGUAUAUAUAGAUCAGAUAUACCAUAAUAAUAUGAUGGUAUAAAGUACUUGCAGUGUAGGCCUAUUGUUUAAAUAUACCUGGAUAACUAGUCUUGUUGACAAAAUGUUUUCAACGCCAAUCUUCUUAGUGUACCUGUUUAUUAACUUAUUAACCCAAUGUGACAGUCGACAUUUAAACAAGCAUUUGGAUAUUGAUGCAGUGCAGAGAGAAGUUAGAUCAUAUUCAGAUGUAGCCAACCAAAUCAUAGACUUUUCUUUAAAUGGCAAUGGGAAAGGUCAAAGUUAUAACCGAUUAGCAAAUUUUACUGACAAAUUUGGAAAUAGAAUCGCCGGGUCUCAAAAUUUGGAAAAUGCAAUUGAUUACAUGCUCGUUGAAAUGAGUAAAGACAAACUUGAGAAUGUACACGGAGAAGUGGCUCAAGUUCCGCAUUGGGUGAGAGGAGACGAAUCAGCCGUGCUACUGCUACCGAGGAAGAAGAAUCUUCCAAUGCUUGGGCUAGGAAGUAGUAUUGCUACACCCCCAGAUGGUAUUGAAGCAGAUGUAUUGGUAGUUAAGACAUUUGACGAGUUAAACGAAAAAGCCAGUGAAGCCAAAGGGAAAAUUGUAGUUUUUAAUCAGGACUGGGUUAGUUAUGGUGUAUCAGUUGCAUACCGAUCAUUGGGAGCCUCCAGAGCAGCUCAAAAUGGUGCUGUAGCAUCCUUGAUACGAAGUGUUACACCAUUGUCGAUCAGUAGCCCCCACACAGGUUGGCAAGAUUAUCAAUCAGGAGUUCCAAAGAUACCCACAGCUUGCAUCACUGUGGAAGACGCUGAAAUGAUGUGGAGAAUGAGUCAACGAGGAGAGAAAAUAAGGAUUCGUUUGAAGAUGGAGGCACAACUUUUGCCAUCUGUUAAUUCUAGAAACACAGUUGCAGAAAUUAAGGGCAGCAAGUAUCCAGAUGAAGUGGUUUUAGUCAGUGGACAUCUGGAUAGUUGGGAUGUUGGUCAAGGUGCCAUGGAUGAUGGAGGCGGUGCUUUCAUUUCCUGGCAAGCGUUGUCUAUCAUUCGUCAGCUGAACCUAAGACCAAAGAGAACAAUGAGAGCAGUAUUAUGGACUGCAGAAGAGGAAGGCCUUGUAGGAUCGAGAGAAUAUUAUGAAGCUCACAAAUCCGAAGCUGAUAAAUUUGACCUGGUACUUGAAUCAGAUGAGGGUGUAUUUACUCCGGAUGGGUUAACCUUUGGUGGAAGUAAACAGGCUGGACAAAUAAUGAAGCAGGUUCUUGAACUUUUAAAACCUAUCAAUGCCUCUAAGCUUUCAGAAAGUGGUGCUGGUGGUGACAUUGGUUAUUUCAUGGAUGUUGGAGUGCCAGGAGGAAAUUUAUUGAAUGAAAACCAGCACUAUUUUUAUUUUCACCAUACAAAUGGGGACACAAUGACAGUGCAGGACCCACAUGUUAUGGACAUGUGCUCUGCUGUUUGGGCUGUCAUUGCUUAUACUGUAGCAGAUUUGGAAGAAAUGUUACCUAGAAAUUCAACCACUCUAAAAUUUGUACCUGUGGGAUAGUUAUUUUGUUGUGUAUAAUAUUUAUUGUGUUUUUAUCAUA